CAUAUUUUGCAUAGACGGAUCCGGGCAGUCAGACCAGCCAAUAUCAGCACCAUCACCACUUUUUACUAUUGCAUACCCCAGUACUGUACCCUAACUAAGCAGACCAGCAGCAGAGAACCAAGCUUUGCAACAUUUGCUUCACAACAUUGCAUUGAUGAACACCAUGCAAACGCUCCACUUGGUAUUGCAACAUCGCUAGGAAAGGAACACACCGCACCUUACCUUACAUACACAUUACCAGCAAGUAAGCAAGCAAGCAACCUCAGCAGCAGAGAGAGAGACAAGUUUAAUAUCAACACCAAUAAGAGACAACCAAGUCGAGGAAAACCAAGUGUUUCCUCUCUCUGCGAGAACUAUUACUUUACUCUGCGUCACUAUAUUUUCCCUACGACCUACCGCUACUCUCACUACCACUAUUAUUACGCAAAUUGAGGGAUAACACCUUAUCCAAAUGGGGACGGAGUGAAGGAUUACAAAAGUAAGGCGACCUAACAAGUGACCGACCCACCGACCGGUGCGGUGUGUAUGUGUGUGUACAACAAACAAUUGCUUGGGAUGAUGUCAAUAAGAAGAGGGGUAAAAAAGGAGGUGAUUAUUUUAUGUGUUCGUGCCAGUGAAGAAAGAGAAGAAGACCAAGAAAUUUUAUAAUUUGGGGCAAUUGAGAGAAAUAUACUCGACACUGAUUACCAUUACGUUAAUAAUUUUAACCAGAAUUUUCCUCAUUGCUGACGACGAACGGAGAACCAUUUUACUUAAUACAUUGCACUGCACAUAUAACUUCCCUUUUAAAAAGUGGAACAAUCUUCUUCUUCCCAGCUAGUUAUUUAUUUACUUAGGGUCAAUCCAGCACUGCGGCGAAUUGUCACACACACACAAGAAGAUACCAAAGAGAAAAAUCUUCCUCGUCAUCAUCGAGAAGAAGGAACGACGAGGAGUUAAUUGGUGAAUGUAUGGUGUAGUAGUGGUCGGGCGAGAAGAAGAGGCAGCAGGACAGAAAUAUUUCGUGUCACUCACUUCACUUCAAUACUCUUCGGAGGAGAGAGAGCGAGAUUCGUCAGAUUGUGCAAAAUAUAAAGGCCAUCAGCAUCAUCAUCAAACUAAAAAACUUCAUCUCCACUACUCUAAUUCUGACUCCAGACCUCACCAGACUGGACCAGACUGAGAAGAAGAAGAAGAUUCACUAACUGACUAAUAACUGCCAUAUUUUUAUUACACCAAUUAAUACACUACACUAUAUACCACUCCUUCUUGGGAUUAGUAAAAACAUCGCAAAAUUUAUCAUCGUUCUUCCUCUCUUAAAGAAUUCCUAAUAAAUUGCCAAACACCUCAUUGAUCGAUUUCGUCCUCCAUUAAAUCAUACUAUGAACUGAGAGACCUGUUUGAAACAAAAACUGAAAUUAUAGUAGUUACUAAUAUAUUGGGGAAAAAAAAGUGGAAUUGUUUUUCGUUUUUAACUGAACCAUGCGCACCUCCUUUUCGCCGAGGUGUUAUUCCUCCUCCUCCUCCUCAUCAUCCUCCUCCACCACUUCUUCUUGUUCCGCUGCUGCAGAUUCUAAAGUAAUUGUUAAGUCGUCGCCAUCUUUAAUGGAUGCCUGUCACCUUAUCAGAGUGGGUGGCGUUGCCGGAAUCCAGUGCUGACGACUGGCUAGUCUUUGCUAGGAGUAAUUGGAUUGUUUAUCAGAGAACCAAAGUGGGGGUGAUUUUUGACCAUUUCGAGGUGAUCGAACACGGUGCGUGUGUGUUGUUUCGUGAGUAGUUUGUUGGUGGUCGUUGUUCGUGGUUGAGAGGAAACGGUCCGGGGGGACCGACACGUUGGUUGGUGUAUCACCAAAAGUUUUAGAGUUUGUUGUUGUAAUUGUUGUUUGUUACCCAUUUCUCGUACUCGUCCUUCCUCCUCCUUCCUUGGCGUAAAUACCGCGGGGUGGGUGGUGCAAGAAAGAAAAAAAAGCCUUAUACUUAUCGACGACGACAACUCGUCUCCUCCAGUGUUCCUUCUCUUCUUCUUCGUCCCCAGAAUUGGGCGAUAUUAUUGAAAUAUGGGAAAUGCAGCGACAAAAAAGGGCGAUCCGGCGGAAAAUGUUCGAGAGUGGUUGGAGAAGGCGAAGGAGGAGUUUGAAGAGAAAUGGAGAAAUCCCCAACCGUGUACAGCCACGCUGGACGAUUUCGACCGGUUGAAAACCCUCGGGACGGGCUCCUUCGGCCGCGUAAUGCUCGUCCAGCACAAGUCGACGAAGGAAUAUUACGCCAUGAAGAUCCUGGAUAAGCAGAAAGUCGUCAAGCUGAAGCAGGUGGAGCACACGCUAAACGAGAAAAAGAUUCUCCAUGCAAUCAACUUCCCGUUCUUGGUUACCCUAAAGUAUCAUUUUAAGGACAAUUCCAAUUUAUACAUGGUACUAGAGUAUAUCCCCGGAGGGGAGAUGUUUUCCCAUUUGAGGAAAACGGGUCGUUUUAGUGAACCUCACUCACGGUUUUAUGCUGCCCAGAUAGUUUUGGUAUUUGAGUAUCUCCACUACCUUGAUUUGAUCUACCGGGACCUGAAACCCGAAAACUUACUGAUUGACAGCCAAGGAUAUAUUAAGGUCACAGACUUUGGGUUUGCGAAGCGUGUAAAAGGACGAACGUGGACGUUAUGUGGAACACCAGAAUAUCUCGCUCCUGAAAUUAUCCUUUCCAAAGGAUACAACAAGGCUGUGGAUUGGUGGGCGCUGGGUGUUCUUGUCUUUGAAAUGGCUGCAGGAUAUCCGCCAUUUUUUGCCGACCAGCCAAUUCAAAUUUAUGAAAAAAUUGUGUCAGGAAAAGUUCGGUUUCCCUCCCAUUUUUCUAACGAUUUGAAAGACCUUCUUAGAAACCUUCUUCAGGUUGACUUGACCAAGCGGUACGGUAAUUUGAAGAAUGGCGUCAAUGAUAUCAAAAGCCACAAGUGGUUUUCAACAACAGACUGGAUUGCCAUUUUCCAGAAAAAGGUGGAGGCUCCGUUCAUCCCUAAAUGUAAAGGAUCUGGUGAUACGAGCAACUUUGACGAUUACGAAGAGGAAGUGCUACGUAUCUCAUCUACGGAACGAUGUGCUAAGGAGUUUGCCGACUUCUAAUAAGUUCCACCCCUCCUCCUCCUCCUCCACCACCUCCUCCACCUCUCUUCAUACAACUACGUGACAUUUUUAAGCUAAAGUCAACACUUUAUGCAUCGCGAAGAAGAAAUGAAGAAAUAACUAGCGACUAAAAAGGAAGGAGAGAAGAAAAAUAACUGUAAAUCUGAACUUUGCACGUGGUCGGUGUAGUUUUAUAUAAUCUGGAUGAUCAUGUCCUCCUCCUUCUGCGUAUAAAUUACCUAAUAUUUAGUAGUGGAACAAUUACAUGGUCGAGUCAUUCGUUGCUAUUAUUAAAACAUGUACAAUUGAGUGUUUCCUUUCUUCUCUCUCCUCCAACUACCUCCUCCAGCAGCGUGUUUGUGUGUCUGUGUGGCGUGUCUUUGUUGUUGCCGUUGUUGUAUAAUAAGUUUUUUUAAGUAAUGGUAUUUCCUUCUUUCUAAUGAAACGAGAGGUAGUAAUUUUAUCCAUGUAAGAGAAAACCUCCUCCUCAAUCGCAGCAGCAACAACAAGAAGAUUCAUCAUCAAUCACGCAAUCACGGGGAGCGAUUAAAGACUAAUAACUCAGCCAUUUUAUUACUUCAGUUCCAAGAAAAAAAAAUUAUUUUAUUUUGCCAUUUUGAGAUCCCAGAGGCCAAAGAUGAAGUGAAAACGAGGUGAUGAUAGCAUUUAUUUUUUGUGUGUGUAUCUAAAUUUAUUAGGAAAUAUAUAUAAAAACACUGCUGUACUGCCGCUAGGUCUGAGAAAUGGAGAAAAAUUUGCUUAAUUUAUUUAAAAAUUUUACUAACAACAGUUUUUCCGUUGAGAAGAAGAUAAGGAGGAAAAGUCCAAAUAAUUUAGAAGACUUUAAUUAAUUAAUUAAUAUUAUUAAGUACUCUCUUGAGUUUCGUUAAGGUGCUCAUCUCCAAGUGGAAAUCGGGUGUCCUUCCUCUCUCCCUCUCUCCACGUUACUUUUUCCCGUCGAGCUUCGUCUCGUUAAGAGAGAAAAAAGAAUAAGCGAAUAGCAAUUUAACCCCUUUCAUUCUUGAGAUGAUGAUCGGAUGAGUUUACUAAUUAAUUAAGAUGCAGAGGGAUCCCUUUAGUUGUGGGGGGAGGGACAAACAAGAUACAAAUUUUUAAGAGCAUAUUUACAUUCAGUACAUAAAUGACGGAUGUAUAAUAAUUCCCCCACAGAUAAAUUCAGACUCUACAGAAUAUCCUAUCCAGUCUUUUAGAAUGAGCUAAUGAUUAAGUAUUAAGAAGAAGAGGUUCGAGGAUAAUAAGUUGUUUUUAAAAGGAAAAAAAUCCUACUACGACGCUAACUAUGUAAUAGUUCCAGCCAUGUGACUGGGAUGGAUGCUUGCGUGGUUUUAUGCUCUGUUUUCAACACGUUGGUUCAUAGUUAGAAGCGGAGAGAAUUUGCAGUUAUUUCAAAAAUAACUUAUUACAACUAAUUGACAUGUAAUUGAUAAAUGACUCAAAUCGAGAUGAGAUCAGGUAGGAGAAAGUAAAAGAAAGAAGGAAGCUUAGAGAGAGAAAGCGGCGAAUGUCAAGUGAACAAUCAACUGAACUUUCCAGUUCCCUAAAUUAUUUUGAAACCAUUUCCUCCCUCUCUCAUACAUACAUAUAAAUACAUAAUUAGCUAAUUAUUACUAUAAUUAACGGAUGUAAUACAAAUCAAUAAUAAUACCGUAAAAUAAUAAUAAUGUAGCGAUACGAUAAUGAAAAUAGGUGUCAUGAUAACUUUACGAAUCCCAUUCUAGAGCUUGACGUGUGACUGUUGUGGUUGUUAAUGUUACAUAUUCAUAAAUAUAUCCUGGUUAAGUGUGAUGAUGAUAGCGAACACUGUUAAUUAGUUGUUAAUAAUCAUGGUUACAUUAUUAUCAUUAUUAUUAUUAUUAUAUUGUUGUUAUUAUUAUUAUUAUGUACAAUCAAAAUACGAGCAUAAUCAUACAUACUACUAAAUACUACCUAUUGCAACUCAUUUUUAUGUCCGUUUUGCAAUAUUAUCCAAAAAUGGGAGGAUGGAUGGGGACGAAUAUAUAUGUAUUUAGUAGAAGCAAUGAUUCUCUAUAGAUCGUCCGUUUACGUCUUCUUCUGAGCUGAGGUACUACUAAAGUUGAUAUUUAGUCAUUCGUCGUCGUCAUCAUCAUCAUUAUGUAUUUAUGUAGACGUUAUUUACACAUAUUUUAUUGUCAUCCUGGUGGGUCAUACAUAUUUUUAUUUAGUUGUUAACAACAAAAAUUACAAACAAAGCUGUGAGCAGGCAGUAGCGCUGCGUUUACUACUUUCGCUCAGCCUCCGUUUUGUAAUCGUAAUAAUAAUAAUAAUAAUAAUUAGUUGGUUAAUUAAACGGUAAAAAAAUAAACACCCGCCGUCAUCUUUACAAUAAGUUAUCAUUGAAAUGAUAUAAAAAAGGGACUUAAAAAACACUAUAUAUCCACACAGACAGACCAGGAGGUAAUAAUAACGUCCUCAUUUUCUAAAAAAAGAGAGUUCAUUUCGAUCCAUUUACUUACAUGUUCAUCAUUUCCAAUUAGUGUGAAGAAUGAAGGGGCAAUUUUUGUUGGGAUUUGUUCAUUUGUCAAUGUGUUUCCUCUAAAUAACUACUUUCUCUCGCCCAGAUUUUUGCUUACGAAAAAGUGUAAAGAAAGUUACACACGGAGGAAGAAAUGUAAUUGGUGUACUUGUAUUUGAUACGUGACUUCAAUAUGAAAUGUCUAAGAUAUUUACCACCUACGGACGGUAGUACCUACUACCAACCUACUACCUACCUAAAUUCAUAGCUAUGUAUUAAUUACCACUGUAUAAUAAUGAUAUGAACCUACCUAUACCUAUUUUUGUUGAGACAAAGCAAGACAAAAAAUGUAAUACUACCAACUAUUCACCAACCAACCAACCUCUACUACUACCUACCUAAUUAGACUUCUGUUCGUCCAAUUUUUAAGAAAAAUAUCACCACCACCUUAAUGACAAGGAGAAGAGAGAGAAGAUGUGUCGAAUAAUAUACAUAAAUUUGGAUUCCUCACUGCUGGGUCUUUGUUUUGUUAUCUUCGUCCUCUUCCGUCGUGGGGGGAGCAUGGCUUGGGAAGAAACUACUUCCGCCGCCUGUACACCAACCACAUCGUUGUUCAUCUCUCGUCUCUGAGUGAUGAGGAGUUCAUGUGAAAAAAAACAACAAGUUGAUUAUUCGUUAUUUUAUUCCUUACUAAAAGAACAAGAUGAUGAAGAGUAAAUGUAUUAGUUUAGAGAAUGAUUUGAACGUGCGUAAUGAAUUAUUAAUACUA